UAAGUCAAUGUCGCCGACAAACAAAUACUGCGGUAGUGCUCGCCGGACCGCCACCAAAGUUCGACGUGUCGCGGCCCACUCUACACCUCGCGAGACGAAACACGCGGCCACCAAAACAAACCAUACAACCACCAAGAAAAACCUGCAUGAUAAGAUACGUCAGACAAUUUUUCACCAUGAAACCUCCAGUGAACGCUGCCCUCCUCCAUGAUGUGGACAUCCCUACCAAGAAGGCCACCUUCGGCAUGGGCUGCUUCUGGUCCAACGAUUCCCUUUUCGGCGCCACUCCUGGCGUCGUGAGGACACGCGUCGGGUACUCCGGAGGCACCACGAAGAGCCCUCAUUAUAGGAAUAUUGGCGACCACACAGAGGUGAUCGAGCUGGACUUCGAUCCCAAGACCGUGACGUUCGUGGAGCUCCUGGAGAUGUUCUGGGCCAACCACGAGUACGGACUAACCACUAAGCUCAAGAGACAGUACCAAUCUAUGAUCCUGUACCACGACGAGGAGCAGCGAGCGGCGGCUGAAGCCUCGUACAAGGAGAUGCUGGCUCGCGUGGGACAGUUGCGGACCGAGAUCGCGCCUGCUGGGACCUUCUACCCUGCUGAGGACUACCACCAGAAAUAUCGCCUGCAAGGCCACAAGGACCUCUGCCGCAGUCUCGGGCUGGACUCCACCAGGCUCCAGACUUCCCACCUGGCGGCCAGGCUUAAUGGCUACCUGGUGGGGAUGGGGGGAAAGGCCCAGUUUGAGGAGGAGGUGAAGAAGCUUGGUUUGGACGAGAAACAAGCUGACUACGUCAGGAAAGAGCUGGAGAGAAACGAGGGUGGCGGUCUGGCGUGCUAGGUUUAGAUGCUGGAAGUUUGGGCAGUCGUCAUGUUGAUAUUAUUAUAUUAUAGAAGAUGUGUUGGAAGGUGGGUGCAAAGUUUCAUGGCAAUGAUAAAAGAAUACCUAGGGGUCGAUCACUAAAACAGGCUGUUGUCAUGUCAAAUAUUCGGUAUGUGAAAUAAAAAUUGUUUCAUACUAGCUCUAAAAUUACCAUGGCUGACUAUGUUACUGAAUCACCCUUGAAACUUUGUCCACCUCCAACCAAACACUCUAUUUUUUCAGAGCAUUGGUACCUUUAAAUGUAUAAUUAUAAUUAAAUAUAUUUUUUCAAGAAAAUAUUGAAGACGACUUACCAAAACGCAGCUAA